AUGAAGAUUCAAGUCGGGCAACUCAUUUGUUUAUAUUAUUUCUGGAUGGUCUCACAGCUAGCCAGAGCAGCAAGCCGCCGAGGACCAGAGCAGCUGAUCCUAUCAUCUUCAAACACGUCGGGUCUGAUGAAGACGAACAAUCCGAACCUGAUCUUUGCGUCUUUUGCGGGACUACUCCAACAAUGGCCAAACACGUUUGCCUACAGCGGCCACUCGAUCAUCCCUGGCUUGAUCCCGCGCUCGACGUUACUCUACCAUGGCACACACGAUCCAAGCGGGCCGCCAACGGAGGGGCUCGAAUGGCUGGCCUUCGAUCCGGAGAUGAGCUAUUCGAUUGCCAGCCACCGGCCCGGAGAAUUGGACCUCUACACAUUCGUCGCCGACCGUGCCCUCCGGGUAAUCUACCUCGAUGGCCAGAGCGCUUCGCUAGGCACUCCCGGCUUCAUGGACGCUCAAUACGUCCUCAUCAACGCUUCCGUCCCCGAGCAGUUUCCCGACAAAGGCCAUUACCUCGAGGCCGAAUACGCCCGCGCUAUUGAGCUCUGUAAGAUCGGCGACAGGUAUGGCUUCGAAGGCGUAGUCAGGAUGAACACAGGGUUCGAACUGAUAUGGUGCAACUUCAAAAAAGGAAUCCAUCUUCUUGAUACAAUUAACGCUACAGACCCCUAUUCUGUCAAAGUACCAAUGCCCACAACGAUAAAACAAGCCACAGAAAAUUCUGAUCUCCCAGAGAAACGACCAAUUCCCCAAUCACCGUUUUAUUCAAGGGCUUCUUGGAGCAUUUUCCAGUCGGGUGCCCAACAUUUUUUCGCGCCUGGGGAGGUUCGGGUUAUCUUAGAUCCCACGGGGUUUAUAAGUUUCUAUGAUGACCUUGGUAGUUUAGACUUGAAGCGACAAGGAGAUGGGACAAGCACGGGGCCACGCUCACGUCACCGCUUGUACGGGAUCAGUAACGAGGACGCAAGGACAGUCCAAAGGCGGCUGAUUGAAGUCCUCGGGCGGAAGAACUCCGAAAACUGGCGGGUGGAUCUGGGCCAGCCGGACUGGCGCGCUGUGGUCCUCACCAUUGUUCAGAGAUACAGCUCGUCCCUUCACGAGCUGCAUUACCUCCUCAACAGGGCCGACUUGAAUGCAACUGAACAGGCCAUUGAGGCACGCGGAUUGACCUACGACAUCAUCAUGCCCUCGCUCGACUUUUCGGACUGGCACCGCAAAGCGUCACACUGGUUGUCUCGCGGGAUUCGCAGAUGCACCACAGCUUAUACCUCUGCCUCGCGGCUUCCCUCCGAGAUCAGCCACUCAAUCCAGCUUAUCGUUCUGGCUAUCGAGGGCACUUUGGAGCGGGUUUGUGAGACAGUAUACUCUCUCUUUUCACAAACUAUCCAGUUGUCUCUCCCUCUUGAGCCCUCUUUCUCCUUCAACUCAACUCUUGAGUCUCUUGCUCGAUCCAAAAUACCCGAAUGGCGCCAGCAGGUUGAAGCCCUCCAACAAUGGCUUGGUUGGUCAACGUGGUCCCACUGUGAGCCGCUCUGCAAGAUCAAUGAGAUCUGCAUGCCACCCAUGUGGCCCUACGUUUGGGGAAAAGUGAUCACCAACCUCACUGAUCAGUACCCCAUCUGCUCCAACUCUUCAUUAGCCACCCAUUCAUUCGACUAG